CCGUGACUCCAACAUCCAUUCUAUUGGAUCUGACGCCUUCAACGGGCUCAGCAGUCUCAGACUGAUCAACAUCAGUGACUCCCGCAUCUAUUCCGUAGAGUCUAGAGCCUUCAAAGGACUCAGCAGUCUCCAAUGGCUUACGAUUGUGAACGUUAGCUUCCAUUCUAUUGCGUCAAAUGCUUUCAGUGGACUCACCAAUUUGGAAGAUCUCUUGAUUAAUAGGGCCCGCUUCCACUCGAUUGAAUCUAAAGCCUUCAAUGGAUUUGACAGUCUCCCGUUACUGUCUAUGACAAACCUUAUAAUUGAUUCCAUCGAGUCUAAUGCCUUCAGUGACUUCGCCAGUAUGAAGCUCCUGCAUAUUGAAAACGUCACCAUAAAUUCCAUCAAGCCAAAUGCCUUCAGUGAGCUCUACAGUCUAAAAUACCUUUUGAUGCAGAAUGUGACGGUAAAUUUUAUUCCUUCCGGUAGCUUUUCUCCUCUCUGGAAUCUCCAAGGGCUUCUACUGCUCAAAAUAUCUGGGACAAGGUCGUGGGCAACCAUCGAAAAGGGCGCCUUUGAAGGUCUAAUCACCUCCAAAAUGAACUGGAUAGUCACCGAUGACCACCGUCUGUGCUGUACUUUCUCCAAUUUGCAAAACUACUCUGUAAGGGACGACUGCCUGACCACAAACCUUAAGCCAGACUUAAACCUGUGCGACAGCCUUAUGCCAAACAACUCAUUGCGCGUAGCACUUUGGGCACAGGGAAUAAGCGCUCUCAUCGGUAAUCUCUGUGUUAUUGUUUGGAGGCUCGUGCAGAAAGGUGACAGAGAAGGCAAAACGACGUUAUCUUUUAUGGUCGGCAAUCUAGCCGCAGCAGACUUUUUGAUGGGUGUGUACAUGUUAAUUGUGGCAGUUGCAGAUCUGAGAUUUGGCGAAAAUUACUUUCUGGAGGCCCCCGAAUGGCGUUCCAGCACACUGUGCAAAGUCGCUGGAGUUCUGGCAGUUCUGUCCAGUGAAGCUUCGGUGUUUUUCAUAACUCUAAUCAGUGUUGACUGUUUCCUUGGUAUUGUAUUUCCGUUCAGAUCCUUCAGUCUCGGGAAAAGGUCAACAAAAGUCAUUGUUUUCGUCUUAUGGUGUCUGGCACUCUGUGUGAGUGUCAUCCCAACAGUGUCUGUUGGUCCUGACUCAGAUGCAUAUGGACUUUCGGACGUCUGUAUGGGUCUUCCUCUGUCCAUCAAGUCAUCAAGGGUGGUAGCUGAACCCCCGACGUUUAAUGACAGUGAUCCUGAGUCCUUGACAUCUUACAUACCAGAAAAGGUUCUUAAAGCAAAAGCGUGGAAGCCAUCUUGGAUCCUGUCAAUUGUACUCUUUCUUGGCGUCAAUCUGAUUUCAUAUCUGUUUGUACUGUGUUGCUACGUCGCCAUUUUCAUCAGUUUCAAGCGGACAGCCAGGACUGUCCGAACGGAGGCAGAAAGAGACCGUGAAAUAAAAAUGGCGGUCAAAAUGUUUCUGAUUGUGGCGACCGACUUCUGUUGUUGGAUGCCAAUAAUCAUAAUGGGUAUUCUGUCCCAGUCAGGAGCAGUCGUGCUCUCUAGCAACAUGUACGCAUGGACAGUGGUUCUGAUUCUACCAAUCAACUCUUCCCUCAAUCCCUAUCUGUACACGUUUUUCACUGUCUGUUGCGCGACUAAGCCAAAAGGAAAAGCCAUCCAAUCCAAAGCAAAGAGCAGGAAAAACAAAGCUAAGUAAACGUGUGCACGAGGCACAAGCACAUGAAUCUUUGACUUAAACAUGUUUGGGAAGCGAGGUUAAUUGUUACCUGGAAAGGUUGCUCAAGUGGCUUUCUUCCUCACCAAAAGGCUGAUAGGUGUUAGGACCUUGGGUAUUGAUCUGGUUUCUUUGUAUCCGCUGAAAACUCAAUACAGGAAAAAGUAACAAAACCAUUUUGAACCUAUGUGUCAAACUUGCUUCAUUUCAGUUUCGAACACAAUGUUGACAUUGGUACAAAAUACCUGCAUAUAUUGUUUUAUUCACCUUGCAUGUAAGCAAAGGAAUACAGCUUUAAAAGGAUUAGAGCUUAUUAACAACAUACCAAAAAGAGGCACACGUCACCAAAAGUACAUGCAAACAUGCAUGUAAUAAUGAAUACUUGAACGAAGUAAAGGACUUGCAUUCGUGAGUUAAGGGAGAAUAAAAUAUUUGACAGCUUCUAUUGUCUUCGUAUUUCGCUUUUAAUUCAAAAUAUCUGUUUCCAUUGUUUCUUCCAUUCUUUUCCUAAUUCCUUUUUCAUUUUCUGUUUUGGAUGCUUAGCGUUUGCUGGUAAGGACGUUGUAAUGGCAACCAGAUAUAUCUGAGACACUUGUUAUGGUUCUGUCGAUUCCUGUGUUUGGUGUUCUUUCCUUGACCACAUUUUUCGGUCAUGUAUUCUUCAACGAGUCUUAGAGUGAUACUAUUUGAACUUGGUGGGAAUUCUCAGCAGGAAUAUCAAUGCUAUUCAGCUUGAUACAAACGCUGCAGUUGAGAACGCGCUGAGUGCGGUCACGGAGCAUAUAUCUUCGUGGCAUGCGUGCACUUUGAAGUUUUCAUGAGGAAGAGACGAAACGAUAAUAUUCAUUUCAGGAUGCAGCAGUAAACGAAAGGGAGGCGGCAAAUAUAAGAAAAGGACAUAUUGUAAGUGACCAUUUCCUCCUUAAAAAUAGAGAUUUCUUUUAUGUUUCUUAUGUGUUAAAAGUGAGCAGGAGAUGUUAGCAUAAUUGUUAAAGGAAUUACUUUUGAGGAAGAGAAUAAUGAGAUCAAAAAUAUUAAUCAAACUGGAAAAAGCAGAUCUAAAUGGGUGUUUUAGUAAGACUUGUGUAAUUUACAACGCAAUCCUGUUAACAUAAGCCUACGAUCUAAAAUGUCCCACCUGAUCGGCCUAUCUCAUUCUUUACAAAUGAAAGAAAUGCAAACCUCUAUUCUUAUAGACAGUCAAGGAAACACAAAUGUGCGUCACUAAUGAAAUUCCGCGUAUUAAACAGUAGUUCAUGCCUGAUAACCCAAUUAAUCAAAAAGUGGGGAGGGGGCGUCGGGUACGUGCCACGUCCGGAUCUGUUGCUGCAUUGGAAUCCUUCCCUAACCAAAAAUGUACAUUCAUACACUCUUCACAUUUUUGUCGAAAAUUGCCUCCAGGGUACUGUUUUUCUGUGAGCCUCAGAAAGCUUACCAAUGAGAGCAUUGUGAGUAGAAGGCUUUCCAGCCAGCUGCAUCUUUCUGAUGUGAAUAUGUUAAAAUUACAGUGGACUUGGUAAAAGUUAAUGCACCUAUGGAAACUUUGCUAUCAGAGAGACUUUGAACACACGACACGUCAAUAAAACAUGUGUAUGGUGCAUUUUUAGUGUUUGAGUGAUGCCAUCACGUUAAGCUCUGGUACCCAUUGAUCCCAUAUAUGUUUGCAUAUUAUAUGUGUUCAUUGGUGGUGUAACCCUGUUCAAGUUACCUCUGAUGGCUUGAAACUAUAACUGAAGUACUAAAGGAAGUUUACUGGAAGGUCUAGCUGACGCAUUCAAAAUCGUAGAACUAUAUCCUUGGGAGUUUUGGUCUAAGACAAACGUUUUGUUGAUGUUUGAUUUGAGUGUUUCGCGUACAGCUUCUUGAAUAUUAAAUUAAUCAUUAUUAUUUUAAAUUUCAUAUUUGCAUGCUACUCAGACUGAAGCAGUUUAGAUUUCUAAUUAAUUCCGUUGUUUUAAAUUGUAUUUCGUAAUUAUUGCAAGAAUGUUGCUGCUUGUUUUCCCGUUUUUUUAUUUGUCAUCCUCUUCCUGUUGGUUUUAAAUUCGGUUAUAAUAUGAACAUUGAAUUAUUGAAUUAAUUUUUGCUACUUUAAAUAUAAUCUUAAAUUCUGAGCAGAGAGUGGGUGACUUUUGAUUUAUAUUUAAGUGCUGUGAAAACAUGUUGAUUGUAAGCUUGGCACAAGUGUUUAUAAUGCAGGAAGAUUUUUGCAUGAUUUUCAACUUUUUUCUUUUUUUUUUGUCCUGCCAUGUUCUUUCUUUUCUUAAUGCAUUUAACAUUAUUCAUAAAAGGAGGUCAGCAGUCUUUGUGAUUUUUGUCUCUGACGAAAUAUUCAUUCGUGUUCUGCGGCAACCCGAGUUCGAUGGUCUUUCCUAAUGCGUAGAGUUUGUAGUUAUCCCGUUUUCAUAAAUGUUGAAAUGACAAAACUAGAGACUUACUGGGAUCAUUCAGCAAGCACUACAUUUGUUUCCCUGCAAACUACUCCUUGUAAUCGCCUUGGGUAGUUUUAGCGUUUGGUUUAUUUAAGACAACGUGUGUGUUGUUUUAAUUUAGAACCCUGGUCGAAUCUGGAUGCUGCUUUAAAAAAAAACAGAAAAAACAUAAAAUCCUUACGGUGUUGGUCAGAAGAUUUACCCAUUCGUUCGAUUUGGACAGAAGAACUUCGCCAAAGAACUGUGGGUUGGUAAAGUGAAUGAUAAUGAAAAUUUAAAUAACUAAUUUUAGGCCCACUGGGGCUUCAAAUAAUUUAUUGCCGCUAGACUGGGUUGCUAGAGUAAAUUCCUAUCCUCCGCUGACCACAGGGGCGCUGGAAUUACGACCUAGCUGUUUCGCUAAAGCUUUAUCGGCAAAAUUAAUGUGUGUGCUGGUCACUUCUGUCUGACCAGUUUGCCAGGUUGGU